UUGACAUUUCAGUACACAAAAUAAUUUGACUUGGAUAGGUUGUUGUGUUCAUGCAAAACCCUCCGAUAUGGGUCUAAUAAAUACUAAACGUAGUCCGCGUAGUUAUGAUAUUGCUCCAAUUGUUUCGGAUAAAGAAUUUCGAUAUAAGAAGGCUGCUAGACCAUUGCCGGAUAUUGCAGUGCCUCAAGUGAUUAUUACCCCAGAUGCUGAUAAAGAAUUAGAGACUGAGAACAAAACAAACCAAACAACAAUGAAUAGCUCUAGAAAUUCACCGGCAAUACCCACCUGGAUAAAUAUGUACAUUUUCCAGGAACUUUUGCCUAAUAAACAACCCGAAUUUUUGGAAAUUCUAUCCUUUCAAGCCCGCCCAGCCUUGGCCCCAGGCGAGAACUAUUGUACUCUAAUGUUAAAAAUUACCAUAAUCAUGAGACUUAAGAAUAACUCAAACGAAACUCUCUCGUUUAUGAUGAAAGUGCCUCAUGAUAGCAGUGAAAUGGCAGAAUUGCUGGAAAUGAAAAAUUUCUUUGAUGUUGAGAGAGAAGUUUACAGCAAAGUUAUACCUGAAAUGGAAGAAAUGUAUCGCCAGGUAGGAGGCAAUGUCUCAUUUGGGGCCAAAGUCUAUGAAUUAUCGGACGCAGUGCCCUCAUCCAAUUAUGUCCUACUCGAAGAUUUAUGUGUGCGUGGUUAUAGAAAUGUAAAUCGUUUGAAAUGCCUGGACAUGGAUCAUACUGAGGCGGUUUUACGGAAAUUAGCUAAAUUUCAUGCAGCAUCCGCUUGCCGUAUCGCUGAGAGGGGCUCAUAUUCGGGAAUAUUUCAAGCAGAUUUAUCACGCCCUCAGGGUCGUGAGUACAUUGUGCAAAUGUUUAACUCAUUUAGGCAACCAUUUAUGGAAAAUCUGAGGUUAUAUGAAAAUGGUGAAAAGUAUUACGAAAGUAUGAAUAAAUUUUUCGACAAUGUUGUGGAUGAAUUCAUUUACGGUCGUCUGGAAAAUCCCGCCUACUUCAAUGCUCUCAAUCAUGGUGAUGUCUGGUGCAAUAAUAUUCUAUUCAAACACAACGCUGAUGGCACAGUUGAAGACGCCCUAUUCGUCGAUUUUCAAAAUACCAACUAUGGUCCCGUGGCUCAGGAUCUCUUCUAUUUUAUCAUAUCAUCAACGCAAAUCGAUAUAAAAAUAGAUAAAUUUGACUAUUUCAUACGCUACUAUCAUCAACAUUUGGAAGAAAGUCUACGCUUACUUAUAUUCCCUCCAGAGGAAAUUCCCACACUCCGUGAACUGCAUCAGCAGUUAAUUUUCUAUGGCAGCUGGGCCAUUAUUACCUCCUUCUUUACAAUGGGCAUAGUGCUGUUGGAUCCCAGCGAAAAGGCGAACUUUGAAAAUAUGUUGGGCGAACAAAAAGAUAAUUUGGAAUUUAAAAAGACAAUUUAUUCGAAUACCAGAUAUGUGGAACAUAUUACCAAAUUGCUGCCAUGGUUCCAUGCUCGAGGUUUUAUGGAAACCCGUGAUUGGAGCAAUGAAGGGUCUGAAAAAAUCUAUGAACAAAGGGCCCCAUGUGUAGUUCAGAAGAAUAAAGAAAUUAAAAACAAACUGAAGAUAUUAUUUUCAAGAAUUAGUAUAUAAAUUUGUGUGUGUAUAGAAAUUCAAAAUAUGUGUAUUUUUAUGUCAAUUAGUGCCAAAUAUUUAUAGAUUCUUCAUAAAAAUAAAUCCUACAAGUUAAUAGCCGAACAUACUGACACAUA